AGGAAGCAAAGAGGGCCAGCUCCCGCGAUGGGUUAAGGUGGCUUCCGUGUUAGCUCCCUUUUGUUAACAGGUGAUUCCUAUUAUGUAGAGGACGUUUAAUCUCUCGUUCGCUUGUUGUUUGUUGUUGCUACUAUAAAAGAACUUUGGAAAGAAGAUUCUUCUCUUGCUUUCGGCGAGUUUUUUUGGCGUGAUCAGAAUUUCAAGGUUGAUUUCUCAACAGAUGGCAAAUAUUUAAGACUGUGCAUUUGAAAUACUAAUCAAUUAAGUGGAGAAAAAUUUUGCUCGGCUGAAUGAACUUCAUAUUCUAGAAAUUUAGAAGAGUUGGUUUGGAACCCACAGAAGACAGAGUUCAAAUAAUUCGAUGACGUAACCAGCGAAAAAUAUUGGAAUUCAGUAAAAUUCAUGAAGGAUCUCUAGCGUUACAUCUGCACAAACACGUUCAGUAAGAAGGUGAGAUGUGAUAAAUUUCUCAAGAUGGAAUUCUGAAAAGUUUUGGGAAUAUAAAAUCCUUUUGGUGAAUGAGAUUUUUGACACCAAGGAAUCUUUCGAUUUUACUUGGAAAAUAUAGAGACGGAAAAAAUCAUAACUGUUAAAAACCUUCUUCGAGAUAUUAGGGAUUGCUAUGUGGCUCCUUGGAUACGAAACUAGUGACGUCAAUUCCACAUUAAUGGAGCAAGAAAACAAUGACACUUAUACUUCUGGUUUUGAUCUUUCCGUCAACGUCAGCUCACUGAAUUUCAAUAUGUCUAACGAGACAAUAUCUGGAUUUACAGUGGUUACUCAUGGCAAUGAUUCUGCAAUAGAUUUGGAUAGCUCUCUCCUGGGAGUGACUGUGCCACAAGCCAUUGGUACAGCUGUGGCACUUGGUGUCAUAAUGAUUGGAACUAUGAUUGGAAAUGUAUUGGUAAUUCUUUCUGUGUUCACUUACAAACCCUUGAGGAAUGUGCAGAAUAUCUUCUUAGUUUCUCUGGCAGCUGCUGAUAUAGCUGUCUCGAUUUUCGUCAUGCCUUUCAAUGUAGCUUAUUCAAUUAUUGGAAAAUGGGUCUUUGGUCUGCAUAUGUGUGAACUCUGGCUGACAUGUGAUGUACUUUGCUGUACUGCCUCAAUUCUCAAUUUGUGUGCAAUAGCUUUGGAUCGGUACUGGGCCAUCCACGAUCCGAUCAACUACGCCCAAAAACGGACAUUAAAUCGUGUCCUUUGCAUGAUAUUUAGUGUCUGGGUAAUCAGCACUUUGAUAUCUGUACCGCCAUUAAUUGGCUGGAAUGACUGGCCUGAAGAGUUCACGUCCGACACCCCCUGCAAGUUGACGGAGGAAAGAGGUUACGUUAUAUAUUCAGCAAGUGGCUCUUUUUUCAUUCCCUUGAUCAUCAUGACAGUAGUAUAUAUCAAAAUAUUUCAAACAGCUAGAAACAGAAUCAGGGUCAAGGCAAAAGCAGCAGCAAAUAUCCUGAACAAGGACUCUAAGGGGGCAACAUCUCAAAUGGCACCUCUCAAGACGGUGUCUGCUGAUGUCUCAAGUCGUGAGAAUAAGAUUGAAGUUGCCAGCUUAAACUGCAACUCGUCUUCCAUAGAGAUGGAAGAGAAAUCUUCUACUCCACAAGAUUCUGGUACUAAAGAAAACCAAGAUGAAGUAUCGAAUGGCCCAAAAAAUGGAAAGCAAGACCAAGUCAACAAGGCAUCCACUGCUGUAUUGGUUACAGUACGAAGUUACAUGGAACAGAAAGAACGCAUUUGUUUGCAGAAGGAACGGAGGGCAGCUCAAGUUCUUGGCAUAGUCAUGGGCGUUUUUGUAUUAUGCUGGCUUCCAUUUUUCUUGAUGUAUGUUAUCCUACCAUUCUGCCCAAAUUGUUAUAUAUCGGAUGACAUGAUUAAUUUCAUCACCUGGUUAGGAUACAUGAAUUCUGCUCUGAAUCCAGUCAUUUAUACUGUCUUUAACACUGAUUUUCGGAGGUCUUUUCAAAGACUGCUAUGCGGCAGAAGAAGACGCUAAGAGAAACUUGCAUGUUUAUGAAAGGAGAAUUUCUCAAGAGUUCAUUCAGAAGAUACUCAAAUAAUAGUUACAGCAGAAACCGGUGUUUGUUGUUUAGAUCAUAAUUGUAAAAUGGUCUCAAAAGUUUUUGACUUUUGAACUACUUGUGUUCUUCUAUCUACAAUUAGUUGAUGGCGAAAUAUAUUCAAAAAUAUCUAUUUCUGAAUAAGAUUUAGCUGAACUUUAAGUUUUCAAAUACUUUCAAGAAUAAUUGUUUUAGAGUUUAUUCCUUAUUACAUAUAAGGUGUUUUAUGUUACAUAUAAGGUUUACACAAACGCGAGAUGGGUCGUGGGGCUUACAAACCAAAAUCAGUUUUAUGUAGUGUCAGAUGUCCAGAGUUAUGUGCAUGUUGUAGGCCAAUGUUUUAACUAAAGCGAAGGAGGUAAUAGAAAACCACCUUCGUUCAUGAAGGUUUAGCACGUUACUGCUUAUUGAAAUUUUUAAAAAGGCGAAAAGUAGUACAAAAUUUAUGAUGUAAAAUUAAACAUACUUAUAAAUUGAGACUUAUCAAGAAAUAAUUUUUCUAAUAGAAAUGCAAUAUUUUUCAAAAAUAAUAUAUAACAAAAGUUGUU